AUGAGUAGGUCCUUAGACCAUACUUCGCAAAAAUUGAGCACGCCUAUUAUUAGAAUCGACCCAGAUGAGGAAUUAAACAUAAUCUGUAAAUUGCUUUUUUACCAACCUACUGGUUAUCAUUCUAACCCUCGAAAGCUGUAUAAUGCUAUCAAAGAUAAAGGAUAUAAAUUCCCAUAUAAAAAAGUUCGUGAAUGGUUACAUAACCAGAAUGAAUGGCAAAAGUAUGCUCCGUCACCGAAAGAUACUCCACGG